GUGAGGAAUGCACUGUCUUGCAGCGUAUUAAAGACCUGCCACAUCGUAGCCGCUAGGAACCAGCAACUCUUUACAGAUCAUCUUCUGAAAUGGUUUCAUACGUUGUGACUGGCGCGUCGAGGGGCAUUGGACUGGGCUUCGUGCGGAGGUUGAGUGCAGACACGAACAACAAGGUGUUCGCGCUCGUGCGCAGUCCCGAGACAGCAACACAACUCCAGGAAUUCGUCAGUUCUAUCGACAACAAAAACAAGAAUGUUGUCGUACUAAAAGCUGACCUAACAGACUACAAGACAAUUAAGUCAGCGGCCGAGGAAGUGUCGAAAGUUACUGGUGGCACGUUGGAUGUGCUCAUUAACAACGGUGCCCUACUCCAUCACAAACGGAAUGGGCUAACUGUAGAUGCAUUUCCUGACGAAGAGGCACUUGAGAAUGACUUUUUGAUUUUCUUCAGGACAAACGUUAUCGGCGUUACGCAUACGAUAAACGCUUUCAUCCCCUUACUCCGCAACGGGAAGACGAAGAAAGUUUUGGUAGUCUCCUCAUCUAUGGGCUCUCCUCAGUUUCAAUUGGAAGCGGUUUACGUUACUUGUCCGUCAUAUUCCAUCUCGAAGGCCGCUCUGAACAUGGUUGUCGUUAAGUUUGCUACGAGAUUCAAAAAGGAGGGGUUCACUUUCCUAGCUGUCUCGCCUGGGCUAAUCAAAACCAUGCCUGGCCUUACUGCCAAUGAGCUUGACAAAAUUUACGAAGAAAUGGUCGCUCAAUGUCGAAUCGCAAAUCCGAACUACCCUGGUACAGUUACUGUGGAACAAUCCGUCAAUGACCAACUAGCGUUGCUGGGGAGGGUAACUCCUGAGCAGACUGGUGCUUUCCUCCAUGCGAAUGGGGACGACGCAAAUUUCCUCACCUACUAGUUCUAUUUAUUUAAAUUAUAAUUAUAGGACGACUCGAUGCGAAUUUAAAUUCAAGAUUGGUU